GCGGGCAGAUGGAUUGAAGUGAGGCCCCAGCAUUCCGGCUGCUGAGGGAGGGGAAGAUGCAGAGGGACCUGGGCAGCUUUCCGCUUCCACCCGGGAUCAGGAUCAAACUGAUCGGCUCCGGCUUCCAAAGCGCCGAGGAUCUGAGCGGGGUGAGAGCCAGCGAACUGAGCAAAGAGUUGGGCAUCUCCAAGGAGGAGGCGUUGGAAAUCCUACAAAUCGUGAGGCGGGAGGCCUCCGGAGAGGAAUCUCAACAGAGCGUGGGGUUGCCGUCUGUUCGGAAGUACACAGCCCUAGAACUCCUGGAGCAAGAGCACUCUCAAGGCUCCAUUGUCACCUUCUGCUCCGCUCUGGAUGAAAUCCUUGGGGGCGGGGUGCCCAUCGGCAAAAUCAUGGAGAUCUGCGGUGCUCCUGGCGUUGGGAAAACUCAGCUAAGUAUCCAGCUGGUUGUGGACGCACAAAUCCCCGAAUGCUUUGGCGGCCUUGACGGUGAGUCUGUGUACAUCGACACUGAGGGCAGUUUUAUCGUGGACCGAGUGACGGAUGUCGCUCAUGCUGCUGUGCACCAUUGUCACCUGAUUGCUGAGGCCAGCCAGGAUGAAGUUCAGCGCGAAGCAGCACAGGCCUUCUCUGUCUCCAGCAUCCUCUCUCACAUCUACUACUUCCGUUGCCAUGACUACGUGGAGCUGCUGGCCCAGGUUCACCUGCUGCCUGACUUCCUGGCGGAACAUCGUAAGGUGAAGAUUGUGGUGAUUGACAGCAUCGCCUUCCCAUUCCGCCACAACCUGGAGGAUCUGUCACUGCGGACACGGCUGCUGAAUGGAUUGGCCCAGCAGCUCAUCAGCAUGGCCAAUGACCACAGUGUGGCGGUAGUGUUGAUCAACCAGAUGACCACACGGUUUGGACAAGUCCAGUCCGCACUAGUCCCUGCACUAGGUGAAAGCUGGGGUCAUGCAGCCACCAUCCGCUUAAUUCUCCGCUGGGAGGGCAAGCUGAGGUUUGCCUCCCUCUACAAAUCCCCAAGUCAGAAAGAAGCGACUGUACCAUACCGGAUAACCUCGUUUGGUUUUCGGGAUGUCCAACCAGCAGACCCACCUUCAGCCUCACCCGUCAAUGGGGACAACCCACGCAAGCGCCUGAGAACAGAGGACGAGGAUGGACAGUGACACCUUCCACGUUGUCUCAUUUCAACCAGUGUAUUAAAGAGACUCAGUUUGAACCAAAUGUGGCAAGCUGAUUGGAUAUUUUGGGUGCAACUGUGUAGCUCGACUUGGGUCCCCCACUGGGUCUGGCCUUGUGAACUCUAAUGAUAAUCUGCCAGCAGGUCGUGUGAAUCCUGUUGGAUCAGAAAAUUGAAAGUGACUUUACAAAGAGUUGGGAGCCACCAAGUCAUUGGCCCCAUUCCAUCACCGCUGAGUUCCCUUUCUCGGCCAUGUGACUGUGGAGCGUUGUAGAAUGGUGGCCGGCAAAGAAAACCAAGACUUUCCUAGUCGGAGUGUCGGAGACAGAGACUUUAAACUAUGAACCGCUUCAGUCUCCAACCCCAUUUCCAGCCUUUGUUAUAUACCAAAAGGAGGCUAACUUGUCAUUACAAUGAUAUAGUUGGCCAAUGACAUCAUUGGCUAUAAUACUUUAAUACUUCUGAACCUCACCGAAUCUGAAGAGAUUUUCACACUUGUUGAAACCUUUUCACCUACUCACUGGAUUCCAACUGUUAAUGUUCUGUGCAAUGAAUGUUCCUGUUCCUCUCCUGCCUUGGCUUGUAUUAAGUAAAUGUACUUUGUAAC